AUGGAGGGCAGCCCUCGCUUCCGGCAACAGUUUGCUCGCGAUUUGCGGCGCCACCACCGGGGCUAUCGCGAUAUCGUCGUCCCCAAAGGCCCCGUCGAGGAGGCUGUGGAAGAGGAUCCUAGCGAUGCCGAUGCAUCAGCGAUCCCGAAUUUGCAGGUUACCGAUACCGAAUUGAACGCUCUGCAGUCCCGAUUUCUUGAUGUUCGCAGGACCCCCAUCGACGAAUUCAACCGUUCCCAGCCGCUGCUAACGCUUGCAUUCCCUACCCUCUACCCUGACGGCAAGGCCGACUUCGUGGAGCCUCGUUUACGGAGCAUCACGUUCCAGGACUACCUUGCCCAUGCGAUGAGAUGGCAUGACGGACGUUUCGCCCGCCAUAAGACGUGGCCUUUCGUCGCCCUCAACACGCUGUUACAGGAAGCAAUGGCUGAGCCUGACGAGCCGGAGGCUCAGGUCCUGAUCCAGUCGAUCACGCGCCAAGCCGCAAAGUUCAACCUAACGGACUCUUGGGGCCGCUACGAGUGGGGCGAGCGGAACGAUGGCCAGAUUAACCACUACAACCGCUUGCUUACCGUUGCGUGGCUAGCCAAUACAGAUGUUUCGCCUUGCACGAGUCUACAGCAGGUAAUCGAUUACGCGGCCAAAUACUGCUCCAAGUCGGAAAAGAAGAGCGAGUCUUUUGCCCAGAUUGGGAAGGCCCUGAUGCCCCGGGUCAAGGACCACAACCCCUUGAUUUCCUUCACGUCAAAGCUCCUCAAUCAGCUGGUUGCGGAGCGGGAUUACUCGAAGCAGGAGGCAUUCCCGCUCCUCCGUAUUGACGGCGAUGAGGUGGACGAGGCCCCCAACGUUUACGAAAAGUACACUCAACGCCCGGAAGCCCUAGCGGACCUAAGCUACGUCUCCUUCCUGAAAUGCUGGAAUUUCCGCCCUAGGGACCCUUCCAAGUGGAAGCAAUGGCAGCCAGGCAACAUUAACGGCAGGCCUCGAGUGCUGGUUUACUUUCCUCGCUAUCAGGCUGAUCCAGAAGCUUUUGGUUCUCACGCUGAGGCCUUCUCCUAUUAUGAUCAAUACGAGGCUCUGCCUGUGGAGGAAGAAUUUGAUGACGAAGACUGGAUUCGCCUCGCCGCCCUUUUACCUGACAACUCCCUUACCCAGGAAGAUCUUGACCUACUUGGCCGCCGCGAUAUCGACAUCAAUUACGACUGGACACAGCAUGUGGGUACUUAUCCGGAACUCCGAGACGGCUACUGGAAAGACCUUAUCGCUAGCCACCCCAUGGCCAACGAUGUGGAGGUCCUUGGCCCUCACUGGCGUAAUACGCUGAAUACGCAACAACGGCUCGUGUACGACACAUUCAUGGGCCACUUCCAGGCGCAAAAUCCUGCUCAAAUCCUUCUCCACGUUGAUGGUGGUGGUGGCACAGCCGCCCUACCGAAUCCUAGCCCUAUAUGCCGCGUGGCGCCAACAGGCGUUGCGAGUAACCAGAUACAGGGCAGCACCAUUCAUUCGUUGCUGCGCCUCCCAGUAGGCGGUACUUUCACCGACCUUCCCCCGGCCGACGCAGCCGCCCUUCAGUCCCGCCUACGGCACAUCAAAUACCUCGUUAUCGAUGAAAAGAGCAUGCUAGGCUUGAGCAGCUCGCGCGGAUCGAUUCCCGUUUGCGACAAGCCUUUCCACAGCGUAACCUCGAGUUCUUUGGUGGUCACCGGCCUGUCUUCGUUGGAAAGGAGAGGGCAGGUGGCCUACCGCCUAUUUGACCGCACCGUCUUCCUGACCACGGCACAGCGCCAGGCUGGUGAUGAUCAGGCCCAGUUCCGUCAGGCGUUGCAGGAACUGCGUGAUGCUACCGCGGGCGAGCUUGACGGCUUCAGGACCGCUUUGCGAGUGUAUUCUACAAAGGCACGGGUCAACCAAUACAACCACGAGCAUAUGGCCGGUAUUAGCUAUGUUGCCGUCUCACGGGUUACCUCGCUCCAAGGCUUACUCCUUGAGGCGCCGUUCGAUCGUCAGAGCCUCUAUAACCACACGCCGACGGAAGGGAUGAAGAUGCGCCUCGCUGACCAACAACGGCGUCAGGGUCAACAGCUGAGCGAUCCACUGUAUCCACCACUCUACCGUGACUAA